CCAAAACCCCUUCCCUAUUUAAAAAAACCUCUCCUCCUUCCCUCUUCUCUCUAAAACUUCACCCCCACCAUGCCUUAUCCUAAGCACCCUCCCUUCCUCUUCCUCUCUCUCCUCAUUCUCUUCUUUUCCUUCUCAUCCAAUGCCACUCUCUCAUCCCCACAAUUUCGUGAAGCCCCGCAAUUCUACAAUUCCCCAAACUGCCCCUCGAUCCCACGCACCAUCUCCAUCUGCGCCCCCUCCACCGUCCACGUGGCGAUGACCCUCGACACGGCCUACCUCCGCGGAUCAAUGGCUGCGAUUCUCUCCGUACUCCAGCACUCAUCCUGCCCCCAGAACGUCGCCUUCCACUUCGUCGCCGCGUCCAACGACGACCACCUCCGGAGCAUGAUAUCCGCCUCCUUCCCUUACCUCCGAUUCCGAGUCUACCACUUCAAUGAAUCGAUCGUGUCGCGACUCAUCUCGACCUCGAUCCGAGCCGCGCUGGAUCGUCCCCUGAACUACGCCCGCACCUACCUGGCCUCACUCCUCCCGGCCUGCGUCCGUCGGGUCGUCUACCUCGACUCGGACCUGGUCCUGGUCGAUGACAUUACGAAACUCUCGGCGACUGAGCUAGGCGAUUCAUCCGUGCUGGCCGCGCCGGAGUACUGCAACGCCAACUUCACCACGUAUUUCACCCCGGCCUUCUGGUCCAACCCCACCCUCUCGCUAACGUUCGCCGGGAGGAAGGCGUGCUACUUCAACACAGGCGUGAUGGUUAUAGAUCUGAGCCGUUGGCGCGCAGGGGACUACACGGCCAGGAUCGAAGAGUGGAUGGAGCUGCAGAAGCGGAUGCGGAUCUACGAGCUCGGAUCGCUCCCGCCAUUCCUCCUCGUCUUCGCUGGUAACAUAGCAGCCGUCGAUCACAGAUGGAACCAGCACGGCCUCGGCGGUGACAAUUUCCGGGGACUCUGCCGGGAUCUGCAUCCGGGCCCGGUUAGUCUGCUGCAUUGGAGCGGGAAAGGCAAGCCCUGGGCCCGUCUCGACGCCAACCGUCCGUGCCCGCUAGACGCGCUCUGGGCGCCCUACGAUCUCCUCCAGACCCCGUUUGCGCUGGAUUCUUGAGAUUGGGCUAUUUUGCGCUGCCGGCGCAUGUUAGAGAUGGGCCGGCGCUGGCAUCGGAGGCGACCGUACAGAGUACAGAUAGGUUUUUCUUUUCCUUCUUUUAUUUUCCCAUCUCUCUCUCUCUCUCUCUCUCUCUCAAUGUGAAGAGAAUAUGCAUCAUAAAAAAAUGGUGUAAUUACAUGGUAAAAGAAACUUAAAUUACGGCUCUGCCACUCCCUGUAUGAAUUCGCUGUCUCUCUUUUCUUUUUC